AAAAAAAGGGUUUAGUGCUAGCCAAGGAUAAGGGUUUUGUAAGAGCUUGAAAUGUUUACAUUGCAGCACCCUGCAUUUCUUUUCCAGGUGCCACGGAGCAGGGUUUCACCUCAACGGCAGUCAUUUCUAAGCUCUCCCAUUCGUUCCCGUUUUCAUUUUCUUCCUAAUCAAAUGGCGAAAACCACAGAUUUCCUAACCUUAUUUGAAGAAGAAGAAAAUAACAACGACGCUGAUGGGGUUGGCGGUAGAGAAGAUGAUGAGAAGAAUUAUGACAAAGAUCCUGAACUUGCUGAUAUUCUUGGCACCUGUCUUGAUGAUCCCGAUAAGGCUAAGUCAAGGUUGGAGGAGAGAUUGAGAAAGAAAAGGAAUAAAAUUGUACAUACAAAGACAGGUUCACCAACACCCAUGACAGUCGAAUUCAACAAAUUUGAUUAUUCAAACACCUUUAUAUGGUUUGAGUUCUACAAUGCCCCAUUGGAGAAGGACAUCUCCUUGAUUUGUGACACAAUUCGGUCUUGGCACAUUGUUGGACGUCUUGGUGGAUGUAAUUCGAUGAAUAUGCAAUUGUCCCAAUCUCCUUUGGACAAAAGACCAAAUUAUGAUGCUGUUCAGGGGGCAAAUGUAACACCUACUACAUUCUAUAAUAUUGGAGAUGUUGAGAUUCAAGAUAACGUGGCUCGCAUAUGGGUGGACAUUGGGACUAGUGAGCCUUUACUGUUGGAUGUAUUGAUUAAUGCUUUGUCACAGAUAAGUUCCGAUUAUGUCGGUAUCAAACAAGUAGUAUUUGGUGGAUCUGAAUUUGAGAACUGGAAGGAGAACAUGACAUCGGAGGAUGCCGGUUACAGUGUUCACAAGAUAUAGAUGACUUAUUGAGUCUGAAAGCUUCUGGUUAGAAGAUGAAACACAGCAUAGGAGGUAAAGGGCUCUAAGAAGUGGCAUUUGUUAACACAAAAGCAACUAGAGAUCGGGUUUACCACUCGGGCUUUCAAGCUGCUAAUACCAGUGUCAGUGUCUUGGACAAAAGCAGUAUUAAUGAAAAGCUGCAAGUUGUCCAUACCAUAGAAAUGUAUGUUUGUUUACUUACUAUCUUUGGUUUCAGAUGGAAAGAAAAUUGUGUAGAGUGAGGAAGAAGAGCUUAAUAAAUUCGGAUUCCAUACAAGGUAGUGAGUUAUUCUAAGUGGUAUGUGAGUUAUUCUAAGUCGUAUGAGACAACCACUUCGCAAAAGGGUUUCAUUUCUAUGGUGAGUUGUGCCCUGCAUCCAUGAAAUCUCCUGUCACCAUUUCUCAGUAGCCAUGUCUUGGUCAACUCUGAGAUUCAAGUGUAAAACAAGUUGGUGAUAUAAUGUAUCACAACAUUCUACUUUGACAACAUAUUGCACACUACGUAUCUGUUUGUGUCAAUCAAGGUCAACUCAAAAGAGUAGGAAUUUACGUUGAUCAAAUAUAUAUUGUAUUUAAUAAGAAAUCAUGAUUAGAAAUUUACUUUGA